GCUUUUUUUCUCACAUGCUUUACCAAAGAAUGAUUUCAAUAAUUUGUAGCAUAAUUAUACAUAAUAGGUCAAAAUUAGAACAAAUUAUUUUAGAAUAAAACAAAGAGGCGAGUUGAAGUUAACAAUCCGUUAGAGAUUUAGAAUUUUGGAACGUGCGAUCGUGUGUAAUCUUGUUUAUAUUUUUGUUAUUGAAUAUUAUUGGUAAACUUGUAGUUCCUGCUUUUCUAUCGUCGUCGUUGCUGUCGUCGGCGCUUAAAUUAUUUUGUCGUUGUUGAUGCCAUCGUCGUCGUUACCUUCCUGCCGUCGACGCUUUAGUUCUUUUGUCGUUGUCGUUGUCGUCGUUAAAUUGCUGUCGUUGUUGUUUUGCCGUUCUUAUUUUUAUUUUAUUUUUUGUCUGCAUGUUAAGGUGGGCUUCUAUGAACACGUUUGGAGCAACAGUUGUGCACGACAGUCGCACAGUAGUUGCACAACAGUCGCCGUUACGAAUUUUCAGAAACACAUGUUGUACAACAGAUCUACACAACAGAUUUUACAGAGCAAAUUGAAGAAGUAAAAUUUUUUUCGAUAUCUACAUCAGUUGCAACACGACAAAUACUGACUUUAAUGAAACCGAUCUUUACAUUUUAAAUCAAUUAGGUUAAAGAUACAAAGUAAAAGAAAUGUUUGUUGCUAUACGUGUCUGGACAAGCAUCUGUAGUUAUGGAAAUAUACAAAGAAGAUAAUAUCUUGUAUUUAUAUAGUUGGAUACAUUAAUUAUUUGGUCUAGUUUGUUGUUUUAUACAUAACACAAGAGUUGAUGUAAUUUUACAAUCAAAUGCGAUUGGAGUAUUCCACACAGAGGAUUAUAGAUAUCAAUCGUUAUUAUGGCAAAUUGUACGUCUAUACUAUCGCGGAUUGAUGUUGACCAGCGACUUUACUUUGUAAUCACAUUCUGUAUACUUUCUCUUCUAGCUUCGUUAGGUAACACUAUCGUGUUAUAUUUAUUCAUUCGAUACAAGAGAUUACGAACGUCAACAAAUAGAUUUCUGGUUUCUUUAGCAAUUGGUGAUUUGUUAUUAGGUGUCGUGCUGGCUCCAGUUAGUAUUGCACAACUAUUGAUACCACCCCACCGCCAAAAUUGCGCUGUGAAUAUAUUAGGAAAUUUCUUAACAACUUUAAUGGCUAUAUCAGGUGUUACACUGGGAUGUAUUGCUUACGACCGAUAUUUGCAUCUAAAGUCAACAGAAAGGUAUCGUCAAAAAAUGACUAGACGUAAACUCAAUCUUAUGAUUAUAUUGCCAUGGUUUACACCAUUAAUAUUGUUGAUAACAAAAGUGUUUGAUGCUACCGUAAACACAGUGACAGUAUUAGUAUUAAUGACUAGCGUUUAUACUGUCUUGCUAUACAGCUACUCCAAAUUGAUGAUGUUAGUAAAGAAUCGAAUACGCCGAGGAGAUAUACCUAUAGACUCUGUACAGGUACGAAAUCGAAAUAUAACCAAUUGUAUUGGUUGGAUUGUAUUGGUAGCAAUCAUAUGUACAGUACCAGUGUUUCUAAAUCGAGUAUGUUUAUUGAUUUAUUUGACGUCAAAGAAAGGUUGGACUGUAUAUGAAAAAUGGCAACCUUUGAUCUUUGCAGUGUCACAUACUUUCUUCAUACUCAAUUCAUGCAUCAAUCCGAUUUUGUACUUUUGGAAACACGCUGGAUUCCGAAAUAGAUUUAAAAAGAUGAUCAGACGAAAACGAAAAAUUAAAACCUACCCUAGCGUAAAUUAGGUGGAAAAAAGGUUAUGAAGCUGAUUUGAAAAACGAAAGAAUUAAAUUUAUUAUCUGUUGA